AUGCAAGAUAUAAGUGAUAGUAAUGAUGAAGAUAUAAAUAAAAAUAAUACCACAACAACCACUACUACCUCUUCAACUAAUAUACAAUCAAAUUUAACACCAUUAUCAAGUAGAAGGAGAAGAACUCCAACAGUAACAACACCACCCACCAAACAAAAAGGUGGAUAUCCUAAAGAAGAGCAAGAUGAAGAAUUUGAUGAAGAUGUAGAUAUUGAAGAGGAAGAAGAGGAGGAAGAUAUAUCAUCAGAACCAUCCGAGGACGAUGACGAUGAUGAAGAUUAUGACGAUGGUGGUAGUAAAAGGAAGAGAAAAUCAAAGAAACAAAAACAACAAGAGGAAGAAGAAGAAGCAGCAGUAGCAGCAGCAUCAGCAGCAACGUCUAAUCGAAAUAUCAUAUUUGAUGAAAACGGUAACGAGAUAUACGAAGACGAGGGUGACGACGAGGGCGACGAAGAGGAGGACGAGGAGGAGGACGAAGAAAUGGACGAGGAGGGCGACGAAGAGGAGGAUGAGGAGGAUGAUGAAGACGAGGGGGAAGAGAGGUUGGAGGAUUUAGACAGCAGCGACAGCAGCGACGUCGAGGACACCACACUAUUAGACCAAUCUCAACAAACUCAGCAAACUCAACACCAGCAAUUACAGCAACAAUUAUUAUUACAACAAACUCAACAACAAUUACAACAGCACCAUCACCAAAUACAAGAUGGUGAUAAACUAUUCCAAAGUGGGGACCCAGGUGACGACUUUUUAAUUCCAAUCAGAUUAGAUAUUCAAAGUAGUGUUUACAAAAUCGGUGAUUACCUAUUAUGGAAUUUAAACGAACGUGACAUCUCACCAGAAUACUAUUCAAAACGUUUAUGCAUCGAAUUGGAUUACCCUGAAUGGUUUGAAUUUAUGAUCACCAAUUCAAUAGCAAAUCAAAUCAUCUAUGGUAAAAGCAUCAUUAAAGAAUUUCGUAAAAUCUUACCAAAAUUAAAACAAAUAUUUAAAGAAUGUAUAGUAACAAUUAGUUUAGAUUUAAAUGUAAAUGGUCUUUACUUAAAAGAUAGAUUCGAAUGGGAUAUCAUUGGUCCAAAUUUACCUGAAUCAUUUGCAAAAUCAAUUUCAAUGGAUUUAGGUUUAUCAAGAGAAUUUGAAAAUAUUAUUGUUUAUUCAAUUAGAGAACAAAUUCAAACUCAUUAUAGUCAAAUUACACAACAAUAUAAUUUAAAUCCAAAUGGAUUUAGAUAUUAUUCAUCAAUGAGAAAUCAACCAAUUCAUCAUGAUCAAAUAUUAAGAAAUGACUAUCAAUUAACUUAUUUCACACCAACCAUUAGUUAUAGACAACCUCCAAAGGUGGGGGGAUAUGAUCCACCAACAGCUUAUUUCAUUCAACAAAAUCAUCUUAGACAACAAACUCUUCAACAACAACAACAAUUAAAAUAUCAAUUAAGAACUUCAACUAUACAACAACAACAACAUCAACAACAUCCACAACAAUUUGUUCGUUAA